UGCCAUCACACGCCGCGUCAGUCGCAUGCCUACCCGCUGCUCCGCCACCCAGCCGCAGCAGCUCCAGCACACCCAGCAGCGAGCACAGGCAGCCCGCUCCUCACCCGCGAUGCUGCGGCAGCUAGCUGGGCGCGCCGCCACCGCCGCCGCCGCCGGGGGCGGCGCCCGCCGCUCGCUGCACCGCUCCUCCCUGGUGUGCCUGGCAGCCAAGCAGGUGGAGGUGUCUCACAUCCUGCUGAGCCCCGACAAGAAGGGCCUGCUGCCCCAGCUGCGCCAGCAGAUCCAGGCGGGCGAGGCCAGCCUGGCGGCGCUGGCAGCGGAGCACAGCCAGUGCCCCAGCCGGAGCAACGGCGGCAGCCUGGGGUGGAUCGCCAAGGGCCAGACGGUGGCGGAGUUUGAGGAGGCGGCCUUUGGGUGCGCCCCAGGAGCCCUGGCCAUGUGCGAGACGCGGUUCGGCGUGCACCUGCUGACGGUGACGGCGGAGCGGCAGGCGGCCGAGGUGAGGCACAUGUCGGUGCAGGAGCUGGCGGAGUCGCUGGCGGCGCGCAGCGCUGGCGCCAACGAGGACGUGCAGUAUGUGGAUGUGCGGGAGGAGCGGGAGGAGGAGCUGGCACGCCUGCCCCACUUCCAGCUGCUGCCGCUCAGCAGGUUUGAGUCUUGGAGCGCCCAGAUCGGCUCGCUGCUGGACAAGGAGAAGGAGACGGUGUGCCUGUGCCACCACGGCGUGCGCAGCAUGCAGAUGAGCCAGUGGCUGCUCCAGCAGGGGUUCACAAACGUGCGCAACGUGACGGGCGGCAUCGCAGCCUACGCCGCCAUCGACCCCUCCGUGCCAGAGUACUGA